CGGGCUGCGAGACCGGCCCCGGCGAACCAGCCUCCCGGAGCUCCAGCCAUGGGCUCGGGGCGCGUGCCUGGGCUCUGCUUGCUCGUCCUUCUGGUCCACGCCCGCGCCGCCCAGCACGGCAGAGCUGCGCAAGAUGUGGAUGAGUGUGUGGAGGGGACUGACAGCUGCCACAUUGAUGCCAUCUGCCAGAACACCCCGCGGUCAUACAAGUGCAUCUGCAAGUCCGGCUACACGGGAGACGGAAAACACUGCAAAGACGUGGACGAGUGUGAGCGAGAAGAUAACGCAGGCUGUGUGCACGACUGUGUCAAUAUCCCUGGCAACUACCGAUGCACCUGCUAUGACGGAUUCCACCUGGCACAUGACGGACACAACUGUCUGGACGUGGACGAGUGUGCCGAGGGCAAUGGCGGCUGUCAGCAGAGCUGUGUCAACAUGAUGGGCAGCUACGAGUGCCACUGCCGUGAAGGCUUCUUUCUCAGCGACAACCAGCACACCUGCAUCCAGCGGCCGGAAGAAGGAAUGAACUGCAUGAACAAGAACCAUGGCUGUGCCCACAUUUGCCGGGAGACGCCCAAGGGGGGCAUUGCCUGUGAAUGUCGCCCCGGCUUCGAGCUCACCAAGAACCAGCGGGACUGUAAACUGACCUGCAACUAUGGUAAUGGUGGCUGCCAGCACACAUGUGAUGACACGGACCAGGGUCCCCGGUGUGGCUGCCAUGUCAAGUUUGUGCUCCAUACGGAUGGAAAGACAUGCAUCGAGACCUGUGCUGUCAACAACGGGGGCUGUGACAGUAAGUGCCACGAUGCAGCAACGGGCGUCCACUGCAGCUGCCCCGUGGGCUUCAUGCUGCAGCCAGACAGGAAGACCUGCAAAGACAUUGACGAGUGCCGCCUGAACAACGGGGGCUGUGACCACAUCUGCCGCAACACCGUGGGCAGCUUCGAAUGCAGCUGCAAGAAGGGCUACAAGCUUCUCAUCAAUGAGAGGAACUGCCAGGACAUAGACGAGUGUUCCUUUGAUCGAACCUGUGACCAUGUGUGUGUCAACACGCCGGGAAGCUUCCAGUGUCUCUGCCAUCGUGGCUACCUGCUGUACGGUGUCACGCACUGUGGUGAUGUGGACGAAUGCAGCAUCAACCGGGGAGGUUGCCGUUUUGGUUGCAUCAACACUCCUGGCAGCUACCAGUGUACCUGCCCGGCCGGCCAAGGCCGGCUGCACUGGAAUGGCAAGGAUUGCACAGAGCCAGUGAAGUGUCAGGGCAGUCCCGGGGCCUCGAAAGCCAUGCUCAGCUGCAACCGAUCUGGCAAGAAGGAUACCUGUGCCCUGACCUGCCCAUCCCGGGCCCGGUUUUCACCAGAGUCUGAGAACGGCUUCACGGUGAGCUGUGGCACCCCCAGCCCCAGGGCUGCCUCAUCCCGAGCCGGCCAUCCCGGGAACGGCACCAGCUCCAGCCACUGUCAUGAGGCUGCAGUGCUGUCGGUGAAGCAGCGGGCCUCCUUCAAGGUCAAGGACGCCAAAUGCCGUCUGCACCUGCGGAACAAAGGCAGACCCGAGGAGGCCGGCCGGAUCCCGGGGCCAGGUGGUGCCCCCUGCUCUGACUGCCAGGUCACCUUCAUCCACCUCAAGUGUGACUCCUCUCGGAAGGGCAAGGGCCGGCGGGCCCGGACCCCUCCAGGCAAGGAGGUCACCCGGCUCACCCUGGAACUGGAGGCAGAGGUCAGGGCCGAAGAAACCACAGCUGGCUGUGGGCUGCCCUGCCUCCGACAGCGGAUGGAGCGGCGGCUGAAGGGGUCCCUGAAGAUGCUCAGGAAGUCCAUCAAUCAAGACCGCUUCCUGCUGCGCCUGGCAGGCCUUGAUUAUGAGCUGGCCCACAAGCUGGGCCCUGCCACCGGGGAGCGCGUGGAGCCGGCGGAGGCCUGUAGGCCCGGGCAGCACCGUGCUGGGGCCAAGUGUGUCAGCUGCCCGCAGGGAACGUAUUACCACGGCCAGACGGAGCAGUGUGUGCCAUGCCCAGCGGGCACCUUCCAGGAGAGAGAAGGGCAGCUCUCCUGCGACCUUUGCCCUGGGAGUGAUGCCCACGGGCCUCUCGGAGCCACCAACGUCACCACGUGUGCAGGUCAGUGCCCACCUGGCCAGCACUCUGUAGACGGGUUCAAGCCUUGCCAACCCUGCCCACGUGGCACCUACCAGCCCGAAGCAGGACGGACCCUGUGCUUCCCGUGCGGUGGGGGCCUCACCACCAAACACGAGGGGGCCAUCUCCUUCCAAGACUGCGACACCAAAGUCCAGUGCUCCCCAGGGCACUACUACAACACCAGCAUCCAUCGCUGCAUCCGCUGUGCCAUGGGCUCCUACCAGCCCGACUUCCGGCAGAACUUCUGCACGCGCUGUCCAGGAAACACAAGCACUGACUUCGACGGCUCUACCAGUGUGGCCCAGUGCAAGAACCGGCAGUGUGGUGGGGAGCUGGGGGAGUUCACCGGCUACAUCGAGUCCCCCAACUACCCGGGCAACUACCCAGCCAGCGUGGAGUGCAUCUGGAACAUCAACCCCCCACCCAAGCGCAAGAUCCUUAUCGUGGUACCAGAGAUCUUCCUGCCAUCGGAGGACGAGUGUGGGGACGUCCUCGUCAUGAGAAAGAACUCCUCCCCAUCCUCCAUUACCACUUACGAGACCUGUCAGACCUAUGAGCGCCCCAUCGCCUUCACAGCCCGUUCCAGGAAGCUCUGGAUCAACUUCAAGACAAGUGAGGCCAACAGCGCCCGGGGCUUCCAGAUCCCAUAUGUCACCUAUGAUGAGGACUAUGAGCAGCUGGUAGAAGACAUCGUGCGAGACGGCCGGCUCUACGCCUCUGAGAACCACCAGGAGAUUUUAAAGGACAAGAAGCUCAUCAAGGCCUUCUUCGAAGUGCUGGCCCACCCCCAGAACUACUUCAAGUACACGGAGAAACACAAGGAAAUGUUGCCGAAGUCCUUCAUCAAGCUGCUCCGAUCCAAAGUUUCCAGCUUCCUGAGGCCCUACAAAUAGUGCCCCUAGGCCCAGAGACCCAGGUUUUGAAACCCCCAGACUCUUUAGCCCUCAGAGCCAGCAGUCCCCACCUUCAGGCAAGGAACUCUCUCUCUCUCUCCUUGGCGGAAAAAAGUGAAUCACUGCACAGACCAGGUGCUCUUCCUGUCCUGUCCUCCCGGUUUCCUUCCCUUGCCUCUCUCCGCCUCUUUCCUGCUUCCCCUUUUCCUUUGUGCUGUCUGGAAAAGCCAUUCAGUGCUGGCUCUACCCCCCAUGAGGGGGCAAGAAGCAGUACCACUCCUUCCCUUGCCCAUUUACCAGCUCACACCCCUGGCCCCAUCAGCUCGGAAGGGUGCUAGAGGCCCACGAAGGAAGUGGAAGGGGUGAGGGAGGUGGUAGAGGGGCUUCUGACAUUAUAGGGUUGUGCCUUGCUAGUCAGGAGCCAAAUGUCCCCUGGCUGUGCCCCCCCAGGGCGAUUCUCACAACCCAGGGGUUCUGCCAAAGAAGUGUUGAUUUCCAGGCUGACUGCCAGACCAGUCCUCUGGGGCGUGUGGUGUGAGGCCUGAACUGCCCACACGGCCAACCUUCUCGUCUGUACGGCUCCUCUCUUUCCCCACACAUCUGCCUGGGGUCACCUUACUCCAUGAGGGUUUGCAAAUGGCUCAUCUUGCUGGGCUGGUGGAUACGGACCGAGUAAGGAAGAGCAGCAGGCAUUACCGUGUUCAGUGCACCGCUGUGGCCCCCCGCGAGAAAGACUAUACAGCUCUGCAGGACAGAAACCAGGUUUUACAGCAUCACCAGAAAAAGAAAACAGAAAGAAAAGAAAAUGUCGUAUCGAAAGGACUGGACUACAGAACAAUCAGAAGCUAGCCUCAGACACAGACCCCUUUUCCGACUGUCUUUCCUGGCCCAGCCACCCCCUUCCACCCACCCAAGUGCUCCCUGGGGGAGCCCUAUCCCUUUGCUAAAUGUCCUUAAGAAAACAUGGCUGUUGACCCCAAGCCAGCCUGGGCCUCGCCCCACAAUUGUCUUUUCCUUGUAGCCCCAGGUGACUUGUGGGCUCCACCAAAGAGGACCCUGCUCUGCAGCCAGUGCUCUGCAGCCAGCCUGGAGCCGCCUACCUCUGGCCUCAGACUGUGGGCAGCAAGAGGAACGUGUGUGCACUUGGCAAGCCGCCUGCCCACCCUGUCCACAACUAAUAAGUGCAAUCAUUUUGAGUCUUUCUGUGUUGUCUAGAAGGAGGGGUUAGUGUUUUCUGGUUUUGUUUUUGUUUUUCUUUUUCCUCUAUUAGAACCCUAUUUAUAGUUGCCCAAGAAAGAAGAGUAUAUGUUUGGAGUGAAGAAAAUUGGUUUUCAAUCUCAUGAACCCUGCGUGCUGGAGCAUCAGACCUGUCUCUGUUCCACCAGUGACCACACAGACCUCUGAGGCCCUCAGCUGGUGUAACCCGAGACUAUGGCUCAGAGGCAUCUGAUGUGUAGGACAGCAAUUCUGGGGGUUUGAUGGAGCAGGAAAGAGGGGGACCUGUAUUUGCUAAACAAUUCCCGUUGCCUCUCGACAUCUACAGCAUGGACCUCCAGUCAUAGACACUGACGGAACUGGUCAGUGGUUCUCU